AAACAUCCAACAUGAAGUUGUCCCUUGUUCUCUUCGUCCUCUCGAUGGUUUUGUAUGUGGCCCAUGUCAGAGCUGCUGACAGCAGCACAAGCACGGAAUCGAGUACCAGCACCACGGAUAGCACCACCACGGAAUCCACCACAGAGUCUACCACAUCGUCGUCCUCUUCAUCUAGUUCGGGCUCAAACAAGAAAAUCGUGCGUCUCAGCAAUCUGAAGUACUCGAUCACCAGGAAAAUCAGAGUUGGAUCCACCACCAGUUCCUCGACCAGAUCCAAAAGUUCCCGCGCCAAGUCCCGCAAGGCCCGUCUAAAUGCGGCUAAACGAUCCAAGAAGGCCGCCAACCGAAAACUCAACAAGAAGUCCAAGAACCGCAAUGUACGCGUGGUCCGCGGUUAGGUUAGCCGCAAUUAUAUUUUUAAUAAUAAAUGGUUGAAAUUUAUACAU